AUGUUCGGCGGGGGGACGAGUCGGACGUACGGCGUUAAGUUUCAGGCGCGAUGCAUCGCGGCGCAAGCCGGCGAGAAGCACCACACGCGGUUCCUCGUCGGCACGCUGAGCCUGCGCGAGGAGAAUGAGGUGCAUCUGAUCCAGCUGGCAGACGACGGCUCAGAGGUGACGUGUGAGGGGCUGUAUCUGCAUCAGCACGAGAUCUGGGAUCUUGCCACGUGUCCCUUUGACUCCGCGCUGCUCUCCACCGUCUACGCCUCCGCCGGCGAAUACCAUGCCGCCAUCUGGCGGAUACCGGACAAGGCAUUUUCAGUGCUGUGGUACGGGGGUGAUGUGGCACUCCACAGAGUGAUCACCAUUGACGAGGAGAUCAUCUGUGCAUGGGACCUCGCCUCCAGCACUCGAGCAGCGCAGUUCGCGUCGGCGAAGCAGCGGGUGACAGGCAGCGGGCUGCAGAGGCUGCACACGGGGGCAUGGGACCCUCACAAUGCAGACACCAUUGCCACCACGGCUGACACGUCUAUUGCGUGCUGGGACCUGCGAGCCGCCAUAAAGACAGCGAGCAUAGAGGGAGCGCACCACCUGCAGAUAAGGGACAUAGACUUCAACCCCAACCACCCUCACAUCCUCGCAUCAGCGGGGGACGACUCGCGCAUUCGCCUGUGGGACCUGCGCUCCACCAAGCAAGCCAUCGUGGAGCUCCCAGGACACUCCCACUGGACUUGCAGCGUUCGCUACAACCGAUUCUACGAUGAGCUUCUGCUGAGCAGCGGCACCGACUCAGCAGUCAACUUAUGGCACGUUCCGUCUGCCUCGGCAGCAGCUGUGGCUGACCACCUGCGUGCCGGACCUAACCCAGCAGGAUCGGGAAGAGGGGCGGCAGCAGCAGGGGGGUAUCCCAGGGGGGGUGUGGACGAGUUGGCAGUCAGUUUCACAGACUAUGAAGACAGCGUCUACGGUGGGUGCUGA